AUGCUAUUAUCAUUUAUAUAUAACUUUACCGUUAUAACUUUAAUCGCGCUACAAUUUGUUGCACCGUUACAGGCGAGAAUUAUAAGCGAUUGCAACAGCGUUGCAUUGGAAACAACGGAAUAUAUUUCAAAUUCAAAUACAGCUUGCAGUUCCCGUUAUCCAUAUAUUUAUUGUGAUGGUGAGGCGUCGGCUUACUGUACACAGGAUGAAUGUCUGGAAGAUUACCAGUGUGAAAACGAAGAUUUAAGUGAACUAUCAGAAGAGGAUCAGGUGUCAGCCACAACCGCUGAGCCCACAGUAAUAAUAACGGAGGGUACGGCCACAACACCCAAAGCAACAACAAUAGUAACAACUACUAACAUGCAAAGUACAACUAGUACCGGGCAGCAAACAACGGAGGUGACAACAACAACAGCGAAAACAACAGCAACUACUAUAAAUAUCUCAACCACAACAAAACCCCAACUCAUGAGUACAACAACAAUAGACGCACAAAAUAUCAAAAGUCUUUGCCGUGCGGGUGUCUUCGCGAAUUAUGCUUAUCCAAGGAAUUGCCGCUACUACUAUCGUUGCACUAACGGUUAUUUCUUACUACAGGAGUGUGGCUUUUUAAUGUUCUUCGAUGCGUACGAUGGUUACUGUAAGAGCGCCAAAGAGGCGCGCUGUGUAGGCCGGUUGAUUAGCGUAUAA